GUCUUUUGCAGCGUUUACGGCAUUGGUCGCUCCCGCUGACGGUGGGUAGUUUGCAGACGCUCCCUUAGCUCCCGCAAGGCUGUUUUGUUGCUGUUUCCCCCCCCCCUACACUCCCGGGCGGGCAAGGCGACUGGCAGGCGCUUCCCUGCACGGCCCGGGGCUCUCCUCGCGCUGCAGUCGGAAGAGCGAGGCGGCUGGGGAGGGAACACCGCGUCCGGCUGGCUUUCUCAGGGGUUUCGUUUCGGCAGCUGGCUGAACUCGGCCCUCAAGCGCCGCCGCCGCCAGCGAGCGCCGCUCCUCCGCUGCUCCAUGUCCGGCCUCCCCGCCGCUUCGGCGGGGGGGCCAAGCCCCGGCCCCCGCUUAGCGAGAGAAAGAGAGCGCAAGAUGGACCGAGGAGGAGGGAGAAAAAAAGGGGAUGGGGUGGGGAGUCCGCCUCGCCGGCGACGCCGGGAAAGCUGCAGGAGGAUGGAAUUGAAUGGAGAAAGCAUGCUGACUAACAAGCCAGAAUCUGUAACUUCAAAAUUGUGAUUUGUGUGGCCUGCACUGGGAGUUUGAGCUGCAAAAUCUUUCCAAAGGACUCCAGAAGUGUUGAAACGGCCAUGGCACUCUUCACUCCAUGGAAAUUGUCCUCUCAGAAACUUGGCUUCUUUCUGGUGACUUUUGGCUUUAUUUGGGGAAUGAUGCUUCUGCAUUUUACUAUUCAACAGAAGACUCAGCAUGAAAGCAGUUCAGUGCUUCGUGAACAAAUACUGGAUCUCAGUAAAAGAUACAUAAAAGCAUUAGCAGAAGAAAACAGAAAUGUAGUGGAUGGACCUUACGUUGGGACAAUGACUGCAUAUGAUUUGAAGAAAACUCUUGCGGUGUUACUGGAUAAUAUAUUGCAGCGUAUUGGGAAGCUUGAGUCUAAGGUUGAGAACCUUGCAAUCAAUGGUACAGGUGCAAAUUCCACAAAUAGUACCACCACUGCAAUUCCUAGUUCGGGGACAGCUGAAAAGCUGAAUGUUGCAGAUCUCAUUAAUGGAGCCCAGGAACAGUGUGAAUUGCCUCCUAUGGAUGGUUUUCCUCACUGUGAGGGCAAAAUAAAAUGGAUGAAAGAUAUGUGGAGAUCUGAUCCUUGUUAUGCAAGUUACGGUGUUGAUGGGUCCACGUGCUCAUUCUUUAUUUACCUCAGUGAGGUUGAAAAUUGGUGUCCUCGUUUACCCUGGAGAGCAAAAAAUCCCAAUGAAGAAAUGGAUCAGAAGGCAACGUUGAAGGCUGAAAUCAGAACCAAUUUUGAUUUGCUGUAUAAAAUGAUGUCAAGACACGAAGAAUUCCGGUGGAUGGUGCUGCGAAUAAAAAGAAUGGCUGACACAUGGAUAGAAGCAAUAAAAUCACUUGCUGAAAAGCAAAACUUUGAAAAGAGAAAACGAAAAAAAGUCCUUGUUCAUUUGGGACUCCUCACAAAAGAAUCUGGAUUCAAGAUUGCAGAAAAUGCCUUCAGUGGUGGCCCACUUGGCGAACUAGUCCAGUGGAGUGACUUAAUUACAUCUCUCUAUUUACUGGGCCAUGACAUAAGGAUUUCAGCUUCCCUGGCAGAACUCAAGGAGAUUAUGAAGAAAGUAGUUGGUAACAGAUCUGGGUGUCCUACACAGGGGGAUAAAGUGGUGGAGCUUAUUUAUAUUGACAUUGUGGGACUCACUCAGUUUAAGAAAACUCUUGGGCCAUCCUGGGUUCAUUAUCAGUGUAUGUUACGGGUGCUAGAUUCCUUUGGGACCGAACCAGAGUUUAAUCAUGCUCACUACGCUCAGUCUAAAGGCCACAAAACGCCAUGGGGGAAGUGGAACCUUAAUCCACAGCAGUUUUAUACAAUGUUUCCUCAUACUCCAGAUAACAGUUUCCUUGGAUUUGUUGUGGAAGAAUAUCUGAAUUCCAGCGAUAUCAAACACUUCAAUGUCAUUAAAAGGCAGGAUCAAUCACUUGUUUAUGGGAAAGUUGAUAAUUUCUGGAAGGAUAAAAAGUCUUAUUUGGAUGUCAUUCAUACCUAUACAGAAGUUCAUGGGACUGUCCAUGGCACAGGUGCUGUCCAUAUGCCCAGCUACGUUAAAAACCAUGGGAUUCUCAGUGGCCGAGAUUUACAAUUCUUGCUGAGAGGAACAAAACUUUUUGUGGGCCUUGGCUUCCCAUAUGAGGGUCCCGCACCUUUGGAGGCUAUUGCAAAUGGAUGUGCAUUUUUGAACCCGAAGUUUAAUCCACCAAAAAGCAGCAAAAACACAGACUUCUUCAAAGGCAAGCCAACUCUUAGAGAGUUGACAUCUCAACAUCCCUAUGCUGAAGUCUACAUUGGGAAACCUCACGUUUGGACAGUAAAUAUCAAUGAUCUUUCUGAAGUGGAACAGGCCGUGAAAGCAAUUUUGAGCCAAAAGAUUGAACCUUACUUGCCUUUUGAAUUCACGUGUGAAGGAAUGCUUCAAAGAAUGAAUGUGUUCAUGGAGAAACAGGAUUUUUGUCAUGGCCAAGUGAUGUGGCCUCCGUUAAGUGCUCUUCAAGUCAAAAUUGCUGAAACCGGAAAAUCGUGUAAACAGGUUUGUCAAGAAAACCAGCUCAUAUGUGAGCCAUCUUUUUUCCAGCACUUGAAUAAGGACAAAGACCUCUUGAAAUACAACAUUCAGUGUCAUACCACCGAGUCUGCAAAUGAUAUUCUGGUUCCAUCUUUUGAUGAGAAGAGGAAGCACUGUGUUUUCCAGGGCGAUCUUUUGCUGUUCAGCUGUGCAGGGUCUCAUCUAAACCAUAAAAGGAUCUGCCCUUGUAGAGACUAUCUUAAAGGACAAGUUGCACUAUGUAAAGACUGCCUAUAGCAGGAAGUUAAAUGUGACUUUUCAAGGUGGCUUGGAGAGAGUCACACUGUGCACUUUGCUACUGCAGACAAAACAGUCAUCGAAGAGCAGAAAUCUGUCCUGAGAAGGGGCAGAUAAGUGAGUUAAAUGUUUAGGAAAAUGAACCUCAACUUUUUAUGUUUUUGUUUUUCCGAAGUGAGCUAUUUCCAGCCACAGAAAUCUCUUUAUUCAAAGACGUGACAAACCAAGUCCUGACAAGAGCUUGAGAUAACGUUGGGGCUUCUUCCCCAGGGACUCCUCAUGAUGGGCUGUUUAUCAGAUAUCACUGAACAAAAUAUCAACCUGAAAGGAUUGGAUGGUGCAGAAACGACUUAAGACUUGCCUUAGUUAGGCAAAAUGGUGGUGCUGUUCCCGUCGACAAGGCCAGGUAGCUGCUGAAUAACACCAUCAAACUCUCGGUCACUUUCUGGCCUAUCCCAGCCUAAUUCAAUGGACUUUCUCCAGCAUCGCUGUUUUGAGACCGCCAUUUAAGGGAACCCUCCAAAAUAGGACUGAUAGCUGACGGAUCCUUUAGGCUUGAUGAUAGGUUAUGAUCGUGGCAUUAAUCAGAGUUUGAAUAGCCACAUAAACACCCAAUUUGUUUUGUUUUUUUAAAAAAAAACUCGUUUUCAACUCUGUAUUCCCUUUCUGACUUGUCCAAAGGUUUUGCUUAGGGUGUUAGGAAUACUGUAUAAUCAUUGGAGAUAAAAUAGUUUCACUGGAGCAAUAUUUUAUUUCUUGAAUUUGCUGUAAGAUAGCAAAACAGUGUUUAAAAUAAUGAAAAUAGAUACGUGGUGGAAGAGUGGUCUGCCCAUGUAUCUUGCAAUGAUUUAAAGAGCAAUUAUGGUCUGCAAAUAAUGGUUUGGUUUCUGCAGCCCUUGUUAAAAAGUGGAUGUGUAGAAAUAGGCCACCUAUUUUUUAAAUUGCAAUUAAUCCAGAAUAUUGAAUUUAUUGAAUAUUCUUCGUAGACAGGAUAUAAGCUGUUACUUUAAAAAAAAUGCACAGUAUCUUUUUUAAUGUUGUUUUUUUUUUAGCACAACUGACACAUCUUUAAAUGCACUGUGAGUGGGUAAGAAAAUAGCAUUGAAUUGAAAAAGAAUGUGUUAUCCAUUUUUUUCAGCUAGGUUUGGAUGGGGGUGGGAAGGGAGGAGAUUCUUGGACCAUUUGCAAAAUCAAAACUUAUUUCCCUCCUUUGUAAACAUUAAUUGCCAUUUCUACUGAUAGAACUAUAUGCCUGCUUUUAAUAUUUUGUAAUCUAUCAACUCAUUACUUGAUGCAUUAUUUCAUAUCUGAAGGUCAUUGCAUAUCUCUUCAGUUGCAGAAGACCACAAAAGAAACAUUUUUGAAGAAAUUGCCAAGUUGAAGUUUUAAAGUCAAUUUUAAAAAAAAUCUGGUUAAAAUAAGUUGAAAUCUGUGGGAGCAUAGUAAUUACGGAAGCUGUUUAUUUAUGUUAAGGGACAUAUUGCCAGAUCUGAAUAAAAUUUGAAUAAGAAAAAUGACAUUUAAAAAUGUUUACAUUGUAUAUUCAGAAACACUCACUUUGUAACAAGAAAUAUAUUACCUAAAUUGAAACAUGUUAUGUGUAGAAUUAAAAGUUACUAAGGAUUAAACCUCAAAAUUAGAAUUCAGUGAAUUGAAUGUCAGAUUGUAAACAUUACUUUCUUGGUUCUGCAGAAUGUAACUCUUGGGAUCUAAGCAUGUGUGUUUUUUAAGUUAUCAAAUCUAGAUAAUUUCUAAGGUCAAGAAUUAUAUGUAUGUAUAUCAUGAGUUCACCUGAACCCACAGACUUAGCACUUCUAAUUGCUGUAGCAGCAAAAGAAUUUGAUAUUUGUGCUGUAAAUACAACUUUGUUAAUGUGUUCAAUUUAAUUUAUCCUGCAUAAUGGUGGACUGCUUUAAGUCCAGUAUUUCUUUUCCAGAAAAGCUAACAAU